GAGUAAUCUCAAAAUUAAAAUAUAUAAAAAUUGAUGUACGAUCGAAUGCUGUGAUAAUUCCGUCAUAUCUGCUAAUAUAAACUUUUAACGAAAUUUGGUACAAUUCAUAUGUGAUUAUAUAUAUAUUUGUGGGGUUAUCGGUGUUUAUAUUCCACGGAGUACAAAUGUAUUCCGUGAUUGAUGGAGUUCGUGUUAUCCGCUGUCGAAUUGUUCCUAAACAAAAUUAACAUAACCUAUGUAACAAAGCUCAUAAAAUGUAUGCCGGUAUUUACAUCUCCUGUUAAAUAGCUGUAAAACUUGGAAAUGCGAAUGAAAAAAUGUAUCCAGGUAAUCACAAAACUGUAUUUGUGCUCGAUCACACACCAUACUUUGGGAUUUCGAGCGAAAGUCCUCUGGAGUUUGAGUGUCUAAAAAGUCGUGGACAAAAUCAUAUUCCACUUGCGCCUAUUUGUAAAUCACUAUGGACUACGAGCGUCGAAUCUUCAAUGGAAUAUUGUCGUAUCGUGUGGGAUUUAUUUCCAACGGGAAAAUUGGUUCGUUUUGUUGUCAGCGAUCAUGCUGCUCACAUAUUAAACACUUGGAGUCCGUUACAACAAAAUUUGUCCCACAUUAUGAACGGAAUGGCUAUAAUCGGAGUCCCUGAAAGAGCUCAUCAACCAGGCGUGGACUUUUCCGUUAUUCAUGGUCUUAGGGUGGCCAUAGAAGCGCUCACAGAAUGCUCAGAAGUCCAACAUGAAAAACGUACUUCAUUAACAGAAAACCCAUCGAAAAUAUUAAACAGAGGUAGAGUGAUCUGCAUCACCAGUGCCAGGGACAAUAUCAAUAUGAAAAGCCUGGAAAAUAUAUUUCUUAGCCAACUGACUCAACAAAACAAAAUUGCUUUAGCUUCCGAUCACUUGAUGCCCAUUCAUCAUUGUCACCUUGUAAUUCUCAAUAUUUUUCCUAUAAAUAUUGAAUCUCAGGUAACCAGCAGGAGUGCUCAGGAGAUUUCUCCCUUACUGACGAUGGAAGUGCACUCGAUGAAAGCGAAUGCUCUUCACUCAAAACUGUCUCAUCUCAUAUUAUCACACUACGAUCUUGCAAGUACGACGGUCACAGGAAUACCGAUGAAGGAGGAGCAAAACGCAAGUUCAUCGGCGAAUUACGACGUCGAGAUAUUCCAUUCGUCGACCGCUCAUUCGGCAAUUCUCAGUGGGAACCCGCAAGACUCGACAUUAGUCAAAACCUUUCGACGUUUCGAGGAAGGUUCUGAAUACGAAACAGUCACGUUGAAAUGGUGUACUCCACGCGGUUGCAGUGCCUCAGAAAUGCAGAAUUGUACAGCAAUGCACCGAAUAACACCGGUGGACGUUAACAGUCGACCAUCUUCCUGCUUGAUAAAUUUUCUGCUUAACGGAAGGUCGGUAAUGUUGGAAAUGGCACGAAAAAGUGGCGGCAAAGCUAUAUCUCACCUUUUAGCCUCUCACGGCGGUGAAAUAUUUAUCCACACACUCUCAACAGCGAGAAGUGUUCUCGAAGACCCACCCUCGAUAAGCGAAGGCUGCGGAGGUCGAGUCACGGAUUAUCGAAUAACCGAUUUCGGGACGUUGAUGCGGAACAAUAUUUUGGUACCGCUGAAACGUGCGAGCACAGACGACGGAGAAGGUCCAUUGGCGAAAAUGCGCUCGCGAUUGGAGCGGCAUACCCGAUAUUGGCCGAUUAGCAUAUCCAGUACGCUCAUGUUCAACCUUCGUCAAAUAAUUGACCCGCUACCUGAAUUAAUGUUAAAAGAGGAACUUACCAAGGACGAAGUCGUCAAGUGUAAACAACUGAUAUUCGGACUGUUGCAUCUGGAAUCCAAACACGAGGCACUCGCACUCCCCUCUCUCGGUGGCGGUCGUGGCGGCGGUGGCAAAGCGGGCGUGCGUAGGGAAGAGCAUUAUCGUCUUUUGUGGGAAGAGUUGGAAACUUUUCUCAAAGCCCACUCGAAUAAUUCUGCGACGCACGCCGAGGUCUUGAAUUGCUUGCUGGAAGUUCGUCUCGUUCGAAAUAAAGACGACAAGGAGAAAGUUGAGCUUGAUCAAGCUUUGCGGGAACUCGAUGGAUUGGGAAAGGAAGACGUGACCGCACGGGCAAGUGUAAUAAGAGCAACAACGGAUUCUCCGAUGUCACCGCCAUCGUGUCCGCCGAUAUCUCUGGCGAAGCAGUUACAGAAGUCCCAGCCAAUAAUUUCGGUAAAGAGUCUCCUGGACAUAUGGCUUCAGAGAAGCGCACCGAAGGACAAAAAGCCCGAAUUUUAUGGAAGGUUGAACAGCGAAGGUUUGAAAGCAAAACUGUAUCCAAAUCUGAAAGACAACAGUGGUCGAGAGCCUCGGGAGCCUCGGGAGCCUAUACUCGAGGGGUGAAGCGUUCGGUAAAUGCUCGAAGAAAGAAAAUAAACGAUAAUGUGAAAAAGGGCAAAAAAUUUAGUGCUACGGUGCAAGUAAGUGAAUUACAUUACUUUUCUAUUGGAAAGAAUCGGACAACUAUUCGGUCUUCGGUACAUGCUCGUUAUCGGAGCAUAAAAAAAACGAUUCUAUAAAUACACCAACUUACAUUAAGUGACUCACGAUCAGACGGAAGAGCCGGAGGUAGAGAGAGAGAGAGGGUAAAGUAAGAAGAGAGAAAAAGUUUCGUCAUUUUACGUAUAAACACGUUGAACGAGACGGCGUUUAACCUUCGUUCAGUAAAACGUGCUUAUCUCUGUCUACCCGCUGUCUAAAGUUCGUUAGCUUCGGUUACGUCGAAUACUAUUCAAAAAGAAAAAAAUACAUAUAUAAUUAUUCAUUCACGCGGAGUCUUGGUAUUAGAGAGAUACGUAAAUAUAUAUGCGCGUGCAUGUGGACGCGUAUGAAUAUACGUAUACAUAUGUGAGCCCGUAACCCGAGCGGUACAUUCUUUCGUUCUCUUUCUCUCUCUUUCUCCCGCUCUCUUGCUCGUUUUUAUUCCUCGUUGUCAAAGACUCUACUGUAUAACUCCGAUGAAACGAACGUUUUCAUUGUUAGAGUUCAUCGAAAACUAUGUUGAUUCGUUUCUAUUUUUACCCACUUAUUUCGUUCCAUUAAAUCCGCAAACAUGUUGCGGAUCACUAAAAACCUGCUCAUUUUCCUAUUUCUUACGUGCUCUAAUUUCGUAAUACAGUAAAUCGUUCAUGUUUUUAAACCCAAAUCGGACUCAGGAAAAUCAGGCAGAAUAGCAACCGUCCUCUUUACUGCUCAAAAACAGCGCUGCUCCGAACAGCCCUACUCUCAAAUUUCCUAAAUCAAUACAAUCCAAUCGUGUCAGCCGCCCAGACAUGUUAAAGAGUAGAGACGUCAUUCAUGCAUAAAAUAAUAAUCUUUAGAGUAAAAGUGUUGUCGAAUAUGUUGCAGCAAGUUGACGAUUCUACUCUCAGUAAAUUUAUUCAACAAUAGUUCUCCAAAUACACGUUUAAAGAGCGGAGUUGUUGUCGAGUAGAGCUGCGAUGAGUACAGUUAUAAAUAGCUGCUAGUUAACAACUCUAUCGGUAGCUAUUCUCGAUAACUACUCCGCUCCUUAAUAACUGUGGAUUUACGUAAAGAACGUCUACCCUCCUUAACACAUCUAUUCCGGUGCGAUAUUUAAUCCACGAUAUUUCUACUCAUGAUGAUUUUAGAACAUAUCUCGUCAUGAGUAGAGAUAUCGAAGAUCAUGGAAUAAAGAUGAGUAGACGUAGAGUUGUUAUGAAUUUUGGAGUAAAGAUUUUAGAGGCAGAGUUGUUUUCGAGUAGAGGCGUAAAGAGGACGGUUGUUAUUCUGUCGAAAAUCGUUAUCGUCAUUACGCAGCUUAGUAUCAUGUACAAAUAUAGGAGGCUAUUGUUAUAAACGAAUUGAUGGUAAAUAAAUUAUUUUUUACAAAUGUA